AUGACAGGAGUCGGUGAGACGGUUAGAGAGUAUUUGCAUCGCUUGUUGGACCGUGACACCUGUCUUCUUGUCUGGAUACAUGCGAAGCGUUGUCCAGGCCUCUACUACCUGGAGCGAAGAGCGAUGUCGUUUGCACUGCGCUACUUCACUCAUCAGGUCAACAGCAUGCGCGACGUCUUCCAAUCUCUAUCACAAAAGGACUUGCUUGCUCUGCUUAAGUCUCAUCGCAUCACUUUGAUGGGUAAGUGA